UCGCACUGUGCCUCACACACCUCAAUUCGUCGUCAUCUUUUAUUUUAUAAUUUUACCACGCUCCACGACAACCCACCUCUCCACGUCGCACUUCCUCUCCCAAUCUUCUCGUUGCUUUCAAAGAACCGAAUACAUGUUCCACCAACGCUAAUCACCUACACCAACAAUCCCAAUAACAAAAAUGUCCAAAACUUAAAUAACCCAUUUCAACUUCACUCUUUUAAGGCAUCCUAAUCCCUAAACCCCAAUCUAUUCUCCCAUUUUCUUUUUUGAUUUUGGAAUUUUUCUUUUCUGGGUUUCUUUCACUUUUCUUUACUUGUAGAUGUACGUGGGUUCCAUGCGAAAGUCGUUUAAGGAUUCUCUUAAAGUUCUUGAAGCCGAUAUUCAACAUGCUAAUACUUUGGCAUCAGAUUUUCCAAGGGAGUAUGAUGGUGCCUGCCUUCAGAUGAGAAUGUCAUACAGUCCAGCUGCGCACUUGUUCCUAUUUUUAGUGCAGUGGACAGACUGCAACCUAGCUGGAGCCCUUGGACUGUUAAGAAUACUAAUUUACAAGGUUUAUGUGGAUGGAACCACCACCAUGUCUACCCAUGAAAGAAAAGCAAGCAUUAGAGAGUUCUAUGGGGUAAUUUAUCCCUCUUUAUUGCAACUGCAAAGAGGUGUUACAGAUACUGAAGACAAAAAGCAGAAGGCUGUGUGCAUGGAAAGAUACCGAAGAAGCGAUGAUGAGGAUUAUGGGCAACAUACAGAUGUAGAUAUUGAAAGAGAAGAAGAAUGCGGAAUAUGCAUGGAGAUGAAUAGUAAGAUUGUGUUGCCCAACUGCAAUCAUUCCAUGUGCUUGAAAUGCUACCGAGAAUGGCGAACAAGGUCGCAGUCAUGCCCCUUUUGUCGUGACAGUCUGAAGAGAGUGAACUCUUGUGAUCUCUGGGUUUAUACAGAUAGCAGGGACAUAAUCGACAUGGCAACGGUGACCAGGGAGAAUCUUAGAAGGCUCUUCAUGUAUAUAGACAAGUUGCCACUGAUUGUUCCUGAUCACCUUUUUGAUUCGUACGAUUCCCACCUACGAUAGGUGAAUGAUGAUAAGUACAUUUUCUUGCCCUCGAAUGAGUAGAUUCCUCCAAUUUCGUUUGGUUACAUAAGGGCCGAAAUUCAUUCGGUAAAACAUAGGUAACAAAGAGCAGCAGUGACUUUCUUCCCACUUCUGCCAAGAAGAACCCAGCCUGAGAUAUUGUCAUGCUGGUGGGUGAAGUUUUAGAUAAAUUAUUUAGGAAAGGGUUCAUAAAAAAUUGUAUUUAGCUCGCAUGUACAUGAUUCAUGAUUGUAUAGCUUGGACUAAAAGCUUUUCAACUUGCUCUGCUUCGUCUUUUAUGGUGUUGAGCAUCUAUUGUUAAUUUGUAUAAAUUGUUAAUCUCAGUCUCAAAGCUUUUUAAAGUAAUAUAUAUUGUUAUUUCAUGCUGCCAA